AUGUCAUCCGCCUCAACUUCUGGUCUAUCGGCUUCCGUCACGCGUAUUUUGUCUCUGACAGGCUUUCCAAAGGAGCUGAAGACAAAAGACAUACAAGCUGCAUUCGCGGAAUGGGAGAACAUUGGUGGAGGCUUCAAGAUUAAAUGGAGAGACGACACGAGCCUCUUGAUAGUUUUCCAAGAUGCAUCAGUCGCAAAACGAGCAUAUCUCCACACGCUCGCAUUCCCUCCUGCUAUCCUUACUACCGGCAUUCCCGCUACCAUCAAACCGUAUGAUGGGCCUGACGCCCAGAACGUUAUUCAGACAGUAAACACUCGUGGCCAGCACACCGGCAAUGCUUCUCGUGGUCACAAUUUGCGUGCAGCCUCUAUUUCUGUUUUCCCCACUCGCAGUGCCAACAACAGUCAGAAUGGCAACCUGUUACGCGGUCAGAACGGCCACGUGCUAAACACUACUAUUUCGGAGCAUUCCCCGAGGCUCAACGGGCGUGAGCCUUCUCCAACACUCCCUUCACUCCCUUCUCAUCCCUCUCUGAAUGACCUCAUCAAUUCCGCCGUCUCACACGAGGAUCCUGCUAUUCUUCACGCGGAAGGACCACCCAAGAUUGGAGAUCCAGGGAAGAGAAUGUUGGGCGCUGCAUUGGGUGUGAGGCACCCUGCACUGGGGCCGCGGGUCAUUAAUGGAAGUCACAUCACGGGAGGUGCAGCUCCCGGUACCAGUCCCAGACUCGAUUCUACCAUGAGAGACAUGCAGAGGGUAAUGGGAGGCUUGACUGUUGCCGAGUAA